AUGGAAAGUGGUGAUGCUGUGGAUAUAAUUUAUUUGGAUUUUCGAAAGGUGUUCUACUCUGUGUCGCAAGGUAGAUUGUUAAUUAAAUUACAAAAAUUUGGUAAAGUGGGAAAUCAUUUGAAGAUUGUGGAAGAUUUUUUGUCAGACAGAUGGAUGGCUGUUCGAGUUGGCAGUGUACUUCAUCUUGGAAACAAGUUACUUCAGGAGUGCCCCAAGGUUCCAUACUGGGAGCUCUAUUAUUUUUGCUCUACAUUAACGACUUACCUAAUGCUGUUUCAUCUACAACAAAGUUAUUUGCUGAUGAUGUUAAGCUUAUAG